AUGUCUCUUUUCGCUCGCCUCCACGCCUCCAUCUUUGGCUCCUCGGGGCCCGAAGCAAAGAUCGCCAUUAUUGGACUCGCUGGUGUGGGAAAAAACACUCUUCUUCGACUCAUCAACGAAGACCAGAUCCAGACUAUUUGCCAUCCGAAUAGCCCAUACCUGUAUUACAAGACAGGGAAGAAUUAUCACCUACGAAUGAACUAUGUAAUGACAUACGUUGGGUACGACGAACCAGGCAUGAGCAAGAUCUGGCUGGGCGAACAAUUUUGUGACUCGGACGGAAUAAUUCUCGUGAUUGACGAUGACCAUGACAGCAAAGCCGAAGCAGCCGAGUGGAUGGAGGCCUAUGUGAAGGGGUUUCGAAGGGAACGUUGGCCUGAUCACUUCCCUGAUGUUAAGAUCCGCGAAGGAAUACCAUGGCUAAUCUUGGCCAAUACGAAAAAGAGCGAUAAUAAGUUGACUAUAGGGGAGGUUCAACGUUUUAUGGGGCUCGACGAAUUGCAAAUUGACUAUUACGUUGAAGUAGUAAAUAUUCUCACUGGUGAAGGAGUUGCAAAUGCCUUGAAAUGGCUGCGUCAGAGGGUUGACACACCGGUAGAAAACCGACUGCAAAUGAGGGAAGUUAAAUCAUCAUAG